GCAAACCAUGACCAUUAGUGUCAGAACCGCGAGCAUCAUCGGAGUUCAUUCCCUAAAGAAAGAAUAAGUGCUGGACUAGCUGCUAAAAUGACCUCAUCACACCGCAGCUCGGAUUAUCGUGCAAGUCGUCGGUAUAGGGAUGAUUAUCACCGUCCUAGAAGUGUGGAGCGUCGUCAUCGAAGCCGCCGUAGCCGUUCCGAUUCAUGGGAUCGAUGUUCGCGCCGUUCAGCGUCUCGUUCUCCGCGCCGCACGUAUAGCAACCGAAAGCGGUCCCCAUCCUCGACGCGUCGCAAGAUUCGUGUCGAUUCGCCGGAACCCAGCCGAUGUUUGGGCGUUUUUGGGCUGAGCGUUUUUACGACGGAACCUUACCUCAAUCGAAUCUUCAGCAACUUUGGAACGGUCGAGAAUACGGUUGUGAUCUACGACGCCAAGACGCGAUUGUCACGAGGAUUUGGAUUUGUGUACUUCCAAACUAAGGAGGAAGCAUCAGUAGCCCGAGCGCACUGCAACGGUAUCUAUAUCCAUGGCCGACGAAUGCGAGUUGAUUAUUCCAUCACCAGUCAGCCCCAUGCUCCGACGCCGGGCAUGUAUAUGGGGAGAAAAAAUGAAAGCCGUUCCCCAUCACCACGGUAUCGUUCGCGCCCUGAACGCCAUCGUCAUCAUGUCCGAUCUCGCUCCAAUUCUGCUUCGUCGUACGAUAGUCGUUAGAUAGGACAAUCUCUCGAUCAUCCGGAACAUGAACGUUAUGGAAUUACAUGCUUCAACAGCAAGUGCCUCAAGGAAAAGAAACCCUGUGAAACAUUAUAGGAAGAUGCGUGCUAGCUGUAAUCGUUCAGAUUAUGAGAGAUUGUGAUAAAUACAUUUCCAGUAAUAUAUA